AUGGCCCUUUCCAUGCGCACCAGCGCUGCAUCCCGGCACUUCUCCUCUCGGAGCGGACUGGGCGGGGGCACUCUGCCAAUGUCCAGUUCUGGUGGUGUAGGCUUUGGUGGCAGUGGGCUUGGGUUUGGUGGUGGGUCUGGGGGAGGUUUUGGUACUGCUUCUAUGCUUGGUUCAAGCUCUGGCUUCAGUGGGGGCUUUGGGAGUGGCUCAGGAGGAGGCUAUGGGAGCAGCUUGGGUGGCAGCUACGGCAGCGGCUUCAGCAGCGCUUUUGGUGGAGGCUUAGGAAGUGGCUUUGGCAGCAGCUCAGGCACUGGUUUUGGAGGCGGCUUUGGAAGUGGCUCAGGAUCUGGUUUUGGAGGUGGUUUUGGCUCUGCUGGUGCUGGGGAUGGAGGUCUUGUUUCUGGCUCAAAAAAAGAAACCAUGCAGAACCUCAAUGACCGCCUGGCUGCUUAUCUGGACAAAGUACGAUCUCUGGAGGAUGCCAACACCGAGCUGGAGAGCAAAAUCCGUGAGUGGUAUGAGAAGAAUGGCCCUGGUGUUAGUGUCCCUGGAUCUGGGAAUGACUACAGUAAAUACUCCCCAAUAAUUGAAGAUCUUCGAAACAAGAUCAUUAUUGCAACUAUUGACAAUGCAAGAGUCAUCCUGCAGGUUGAUAAUGCCAGACUGGCUGCUGAUGAUUUCAGACUGAAGUAUGAGAAUGAAGUGGCUCUUCGCCAGAGUGUGGAAGCUGACAUCAAUGGUCUGCGCAGAGUUCUUGAUGAGCUGACCCUGACAAGAGCUGAUUUGGAGAUGCAGAUUGAGAGUCUGAAUGAAGAACUGGCUUAUCUCAAGAAGAAUCAUGAAGAGGAGCUUCAGGGUAUCCAAAGCAGUUCAUGCGGCCAAGUCAGUGUUGAAAUGGAUGCUGCUCCAGGAAUUGACCUGACCAAGCUCUUGAAUGACAUGAGGGGACAGUAUGAAGUCAUUGCUGAGCAAAACCGUAAAGAGGCUGAAGCGUGGUUCAAUGAAAAAAGUGGGGAGCUAAAGAGGGAAAUCUCCACCAAUACUGAGCAGCUUCAGUCAGGAAAGAGUGAGAUCACUGAUCUAAAACGGACCCUCCAGAGCCUGGAAAUCGAACUGCAAUCUCAGCUUGCUGUGAAAAAAUCCCUCGAAGACACCUUAGCAGAAACAGAAGGUGGUUACUGUGCUCAGCUGUCACAAAUGCAACUUCAGAUUGGGAAUCUGGAGUCUCAGCUGUUCCAGGUCAGGGCUGACAUGGAGCGCCAGAAUGCAGAGUAUCAGCAGCUUUUAGACAUCAAGACUCGUCUGGAAAUGGAGAUUGAAACCUAUCGCCGCUUGCUGGAUGGAGAGUUUGUGGGUGCAGGACCAGGAGUUACAUUUGAAAGCUCAUCCCUGACAGGGUCCAAGUCACAAACACAAUCACUGGAUUCUUCUCAGGAUUCUACCAAAACUAGAAAGAUCAAGACAAUUGUCGAAGAAGUGGUAGAUGGAAAAGUUGUGGCAUCCCAUGUUAAAGAAGUUGAAGAGCAGAUAUAA